AUGCCGCGACCCACCAACACAGACAGCAUUUUUAAGAAGAAUGAGCAAGUGGUUGGACGCCCUGCCACGACAGAUCACGACAUCAACGACGAAUACUUCCGCAAGCCACCUUCCAAUCACACUGAGGGAAAUGCCCUUGAUAUUAAGGGUAGACAGUAUCUCAGCCGAGACGAUAUGAAACGUGAGGAGCGGGAAAGCAAGUCUUCCACUACGGCCCCGACUAGAAUCACGAAGACAGACGAAUUGGCAGAGUCUGUCUCCGAGGAUGACGCACUCCAUCGCAGGACUACCUUUCAGGAUGUCGAAGAAAUCUAG